AUGCCUGCUCGAGUUUCCGCCCGUUCAACGUCGGGGACCUCCCGCAAAACAUCAUCAGCCCAGCCGUCCACCGGGCGUGCUGGUUCGGUCCCUCCCUCGAUUCAGAUCCCAGAGGAACCCCCUCUUCCUGAGGCCGUUCCCAGUUUGCGCCGCGACGUGUGCUCGAUUUUCGCCGACGCGCAGCGCUCCACAACCGGCCAUCGAAAGCUCGUGGUUCGUCUUCGCAAACUGCAAGAAGCAUGCAGCGGCAUUUCCCAGAAAACCUCCAAGAAGGAUGGCAAGAAAAUCCAGGAACCAGUCUCGCUCCCGACCGAAGAAUCCCUCCCGGAAACGGAAUUCAAUGUCGAAAUCGGUCGCUGUGUGCUGCGCAUCGUUGCCAUCAAGAAGUCGGAGCCUGUUGGCGAUCGCAUCUUGCGAUUCUUGGGCACGUUCUUAAGUCACGCCUCUGAGAAAGAUGCAGAGCUCUUCGCUUCCGAUGACGAUGAGAAUAUCCCCGAGACGCCAACUUCCCGUCUGACAACCCGCCUAGUCGCCCUUAUGGUGCCCCUUCUCCCUGCCAAGGACAGGACUGUACGCUUCCGCGCCACUCAGAUCAUUGCGAAUAUCAUCAACUCGCUCGAUACAGUCGAUGACGACCUCUACCAUACUCUUCGGCAGGGCCUCCUGAAACGGAUCAGAGAUAAGGAGCCUUCCGUCCGUGUUCAGGCCCUGAUGGGUCUGGCCCGUUUGGCAGGAAAUGACGAAGACGACGACAAUGACGACAGCUCGGCACUUGUCGAGAAACUCGUUGAUAUCAUGCAAAACGACACCAGCGCAGACGUCCGGAAAACCCUACUCCUCAACCUCCCGCUCUUACCAGCGACCCUCCCUUAUCUCCUGGAACGUGCGAGAGAUUUGGACGCCGGUACACGACGAGCUCUGUAUGCUCGGUUGCUUCCGACUUUAGGUGAUUUCCGCCAUCUGUCGCUUUCGAUGAGAGAAAAGCUGCUCCGAUGGGGCUUACGUGAUCGUGAUGAGAGCGUGAGAAAAGCUACAGGCAAGCUGUUCUACGAUCGCUGGGUUGAGGAUUGUGCAGGGACAAACGAUGAAGCCGAAGACGGCUCUACUGGACAGCGGUCGCCACCCAACAUUCCCGCGCUCCUUGAGCUUCUGGAGAGAAUUGACGUCGUAAACUCUGGCAUGGAGCUGGGGAUUGCCCAUGAGGCUAUGCGCAGUUUCUGGGAAGGCCGCCCCGAUUAUCGCGAAGCUGUCGUGUUCGAUGAACACUUCUGGGAAACGCUCACAGCUGAAUCUGCUUUCCUCCUCCGUUCCUUUAACGAUUUCUGUCGAGUUGAGAAUGACGGCAAAUACGAUAACCUCGCAGAUGAAAAGAUGCCCGAAGUCACCGCCUUAGCUUAUUUCCUCUCGAAGUACAUGACCGAUCUAUUGCAACGGAGGAAGAUUGCCAAGGAAUCAGGCGAGGUUAAUGAUGACGAGUCUCUUGAGCAGGAAUUUAUCGUCGAACAAUUGCUUCAUAUCGCCAUGACUCUUGAUUACAGUGAUGAGGUUGGCCGUCGAAAGAUGUUUUCCCUGCUGCGCGAGUCACUUGCCGUACCGGAGCUUCCCCAGGAAUGCACGAAGCUGACCAUCGAGACUCUGCGAUUCGUGUGUGGUCCAGAUGCUGCGGCUGAGAAUGAGUUUUGCAGUGUUGUCCUGGAAGCUAUCGCCGAAGUCCACGAUACCAUCGCCACCGAGGAUAGUUUCGUCUCCGCAAAGUCUGAAAUUAGUGACGACGCAUCCAGCCGUCACCGAUCUGAGACGCCGGCAGAAAGCGAGGAAGAGAAGCCCUUCAACAAAGAAGAAGCCAAGGCCAAGGUCCUGCGUGAAAUCAUGGUUAACAUGAAGUGUCUACACAUCGCGCAGUGUAUGCUGCAGAAUGUGGAAGGGAGUCUUCAGGCCAAUAUGAACCUGGUUACUAUGCUUAACAACCUGGUGGUCCCGGCUGUUCGGAGUCAUGAAGCCCCCAUUCGUGAGAGGGGCCUGGAAUGUUUGGGACUAUGUUGCUUACUGGACAAGACUUUGGCCGAAGAGAACAUGACGCUUUUCAUUCAUUGUUAUAGCAAGGGCCACGAGGCCUUGCAAGUGACGGCGAUCCAGAUCCUCUGUGAUAUGCUGACCACCCACCCUUCGUUGCUCGCUCCGGUGUCCCAGCCUGACGGAGAGACCGUGGCACCACCGGUGUUCCAAAAGCCCUUGCUUAAGGUGUUCGCAAGAGCUCUCAAGUCCAACUCUCCGAAUAGCGUACAGUCCGCCGCUGCCACGGCGCUGUCCAAGUUGUUACUCACCAGUGCCUUCACUCCGUCUGGGGCCAACAUCCCCCAGGCCAUCCAGGAGUAUAAUCAAAACGCCAUCGAGACUCUCCUCCAAUCCCUGGUGACCUCCUUCUUCCACCCUCGCACCCGCGAAAAUCCGGCGCUUCGACAGGCCUUGGCAUACUUCUUUCCUGUGUAUUGCCAUUCGCGUGUGUCGAACACUGAGCAUAUGCGGAAGAUUGCGGUACCUGUGAUCCGGGCUGUGCUCAACGCGGCCGAAGAGUACUACUCCCUUGAGGCGGAGGAAGACAGUGAUGGUGACAUCGAUGAGAGCGCUGGACAAAGGGAAGUCAAGGCAUUGAUGACUGGUGUGCUGGGAAUGCUGGCGGAAUGGACGGACGAGCGACGCGUGGUGGGGUUGGGCGGGGAACGAGUGCUUGCGGGUGGUCCGGCGAGCUCGACCGCCUGUGGAUUCGUCCAUCUGGCCCUGGUCAAGGAUAUUCUAGAGCGCGUUCUGGGAAUCAGUUCAGGCCCCAACCGCUGCUCUAAGGAGGAGAAGAAGCUUCUCUUCUCUCUCAUGAGCAAGCUCUAUAUUGCACCUCCGUCUGCGCCGGCACCGUCGUCGCGAUCGGGGUCUCGUAACCCUGAGGGCGAAGAUCCUUUCCGGUCUAGCGUCCGCAGUGCCCAUGGUGAAGUCAGCCCGGAGAACAUUGCCCUCGCACAGGAGGUGAAAGGGCUGCUUGAUGAAGCCAUUGAGGAAGGCGUCGCCGCUGAAGCGGCCGGCCGGAACGCGCUGGUGAAGGUGAAGAAUGCGGUGCUCAAGCUGCUCGCGACUGCGCAGGGCUCCCGACCCGCCAGUUCUCGACCCCGCGAAGGCACGGAAGAGGGCGAUAGUGAUAUGAUGAGCGUCCGAUCGGGUCGAUCGGGUAGUGUCCGCCCUUCGAUCGAGCCGGGGGCGUACCGUCGCGGAGUGUCGGUAGAGCCGAGUAUCAUGGAGGAGGACGAGAACGAGGACAGUCGGCACACGGUGAUCAAAUCCGAGGCCGCGGACGAGUAA